CAAUUAGUAGAAUCUGUUUUAAGAACAAGAUGGCUAAAAGGAAAAAUAGUGCCAAGGAGAUAGAGAAGAGAAAGAAACUCAAGCAGGAACAACAGGACAAAUUGUUGUCUGCUGGUGUGUUCAAUAAGAAACAAUCUCUUGAGACAGAUCAAGACGAUGAGCAUGCUUGGGAAAAUGAAGAACAAGACUAUGAACUUAGACCUAGAAAUGUGGCUAAAGCUGUAGUUGAAGGAUUACCCAUUAAAACUAGUGAUGGGAAAAUAGAACGAGUAGUGAGAGAAGUAGUUGCGGAAGUUGAAGAAGAAGAAGAAGUUGAACCUGAAGAUGAUAAGGCAGAAAUCGAUUCACAAACUCAAAUUGAAGAUGAAGAAGAAGACGAAGAUUCACAUUUAAGUCCUAGAGAAAGAUUGAAUAAGAUUAAAGAAGAGAUUGCAGAUUUAGCCUCCAAAUUAAUUGAAGAUCCUGAAGAAAAUAUUGCAUGUUUAACUAGAUUAAGAAAAAUGUCUGAAUCAAAAAAUGUCAUUACUAGUCAAUUAUCAAUAAUGUCACUUAUACCUGUAUUUAAAUCAUUAGCUCCAUCUUAUAAGAUUAGACCUUUAACAGAUACAGAAAAGAGAGAAAAAGUUAGUAAAGAUAUAAUGAAACUUCGUAAUUUUGAACAAAGUUUAUUAUCUAAUUAUGUUCAAUAUAUUGAUAAUUUAUCUAAACUUGCUAAAGUAAGUUAUUCAAAUUCUUUAAAUAAUUCUAAAAUAAGUCCUCAGCAAAUUAAGCUAGGUUCAAUUGCAUCCAAAGCCGCAUGUGAAUUAUGUCUAUCAUCUCUUAGACAUUUUAAUCAUCGUGCUGAAUUAUUUUCAAUAAUCAUUAGAAGAUUAAAUAGAAAGCCUAGUCAUGAAGAUGAUUUACAGAUAUUUACUAAAUGUUUAAGAGGGUUAGAAACUCUUUUAAAAGAUGAUGAAGAAAAUGGUGAUAUUUCAUUUGAUAUAACUAAAUUAUUAAUUCGAUCUAUUAAAGAUAAAAAAUUCCGAGUGGAUGAAUCGGUAUUAAAUAUAUUUCUUUCACUUAAAAUUUUAGAAGAUUAUAAUCCUUAUGAAUCAGAAAAUCAAGCAUCUCAAAAGCCCAAAUUGAAAAAGAAAGAUCGUGUACAUAUAUCUAAAAAGGAACGUAAGGCAAGAAAGGAACGUAAAGAAAUUGAAGAAGAAUUACAAAAGGCUCAACAUUCUAUUACUGUUGAAGAACGAGAAAAGUAUCAAUCACAAAUUUUAAAAGAUUUAUUAACAUUAUACCUUGAAAUUUUAAAAUCAGGUUCUUCAACCACUCCUAAUGAUGCAACUUUACUUAUGGCAUCAGUUCUUGAAGGUUUAUCAAAAUUUGGUCAAAUGGCAAAUUUUGAUUUAUUAGGAGAUUUUCUUGAAGUAUUACGAGAAAUUAUGACUGAUAUAAUAGAUGAUCAUAGAGAAGAAGGUGGACAAUAUGAUGGGAAACAAAUUAGAACUAUACUUUUAUGUAUUGUUACUUCAUUUUCACUUGUAUUAAAUCAUCAAUCAAAUGGUAGAUUACCCAUGACUAUUGAUUUAUCUAAAUUUAUUUCUAAUUUAUACUUAAUUCUUGCAGAUUUAUCACUUGAUUGUGAUGUUGAAUUUAGUCAUAAAUCUCUUCGAUUAAUGGAUCCAUUAAGUAAUUCAAAUGAAAAGCCUUCAGUUAAUGUUUCUACUAAAUCAGAACUUUUAUUAAGAUGUCUUGAUUUCAUUUUUUUCCGAUCUAGAAAUGGAUCUUCAUUCCGAGCUAAUUCAUUUAUAAAGAGACUUUAUAUGGUAUUAUUACAUACACCAGAAAAGACAAGUUUAGCAGGAUUAAAAUUUGUGGGUAAAUUACUUAGUAGAUAUGAUGAGAAUCUUAAAUAUUUAUGGAAUACUGAUGAAUCUAUAGUAGAAGGUUCAUAUAUUCUUGGAAUUGAACAACCUCAUAUUGAUGUUGAAUUAGAAAGAUGUAAUUCAGGAGCUGCUACACUUUGGGAAAAUGUAUUAUUAGAGAAUCAUUAUUGUCCAGUAGUGAGAGAUGGUGCACGAUCAUUAAUGAAGAAUAGUAAACCCAACGAUAGACGAUAAAUAGACAUACAUAGUAUAUUGUAAAUAUAGAAUCUUAAUGCAUACAUUAUUACUAUAAA